AUGUUCUUCCUGCGUCACGAAUAAUAUUCAGCGCAUAGUAUAAAAAGCCGUCUGCUUACUACCGUCUCAUUCAGAUCAAUUUGACCCCAUAUCACAUCCUCACAAACAAUGCAUCUCCCCUCUGUCGUCGCCGUUGCUUCCGCUUUGAUAGCAUUAGUAUCUGCCACUCCCGUUAACAUUGAUAGCAGCGGAAAGUGCCCUAUAUUGUGCGCGACACAAAGUUGCUGCGCUGGGCACAAUUGUCAGAUGAUGGGCCUCGUAUAUGUGAGUAUAACCCGUCUGGACGUGUGUUUAAGACGAAUGAGUGCAUGGCACGUCAACGUUUCAACUACGGUGAGUCGUAUUUCUACUUCGAUCAGCAUCGGUGCACAUGAUGGCUGAUGGCACGACAUAAAAAUUACUAGUUGAUUUGAUCAAUGUCUUGGUUCCGAACAAAUUUGACUGCCGCUCGAGCAAUGGAGAUCUUGGAAUGGAGGAAAUCUCAAAUACUUGAAUAAAUAGAAUAUGACUAAAGUACUUACGGGUUUUGCAGUCUCGUUGUACGCUUGGACAUAGAAGCUUCAAUGGCACCAUGACUCCUCCCCUCAUAG